CCCCCCAUCCAUCCACUCCAAACAUGUCAAAGCCCCUCCUCAAACAGUCCCGCCGCAACCUGCCCCCACCGCCAGUCAGCCUGCGCAGGACGCAGACACAUCACAAUGAAUCCGUUCCGCUCAACGGGACCAUGAUGCAGUUCUUUGAGUGGCAUGUACCGUCAGACCAGAAACACUGGGAUAGGCUGCAGGAACGCGCGGCAGAGUUGAAGAAGAAUGGUGUGACGGCGGUUUGGAUCCCGCCUCCGACGAAAGGAGCAAGCAAAGACUGCGUCGGUUACGCCAUCUACGAUCUCUGGGACCUCGGCGAAUUCGACCAAAAAAACACGGUGGGGACAAAGUACGGCACAAAAGAAUCCCUCAAAAAGGCCAUCAACGCGUGCGUCAUGAACGGCAUCCACGUGUACGCCGACGCCGUGCUCAACCACAAGCUCGGCGCCGACAAGACCGAGACGUUCCGGGCCGUCGAGGUGGCGAGGGACGACACGACCCACGAUAUCUCGGGCCAGCAGGAGAUCAAGGGGUGGACAAAGUUUGAGUUUCCGGGGAGAGGCGACAAGUAUUCGUCGUUCAAGUGGAACUUUAACCAUUUCACGGGCGUGGAUUACAAUGCGGCCAAUAAGAGGCAGGGCAUUUAUCGGAUUUUAGGAGACGGGAAAUACUGGUCCGACAAUGUGGAUAACGAGAACGGAAACUACGACUACCUGCUCGGAGCUGAUCUCGAUACGGCGCAUCCCGAAGUCGCCGAGGAGCUGAAGAAAUGGGGAGUAUGGGUCAUCAACGAGCUCAACCUCUCGGGCUUCCGUCUGGACGCGGUCAAGCACAUCGACGCCAAAUUCAUGGCCGAGUUCCUCGAGCACUGCCGGUCCCACACGUCGCUCGGCCAAAACAUGUUUGCCGUCGCCGAGUACUGGAAGAACAGCAUGAGCGAUCUGGAGGACUACCUCGACGUGCACGACUGGAAGCUGUCGUUGUUUGACGUGCCGUUGCAUUUCAACUUUGCCGAGGCUGCUGCCAAGGGCAGGGAUUACGACAUGACCAAGAUCUUUGAUGGGUCGUUGGUGCAGGCGCAUCCGAUGCAGGCCGUGACCUUUGUCGUAAGUAGCCAAAAAAACACACACACACACACACACACACACACACACAAAAACAUCUCUCCCAACCCCCUCGUUGGUAACUCAUCAUCAUCAUCAUUCAUCCCCUUCCUUGCGCACAAAAAUGCCCCGCAGAACAACCACGACACGCAACCCGGCGAAUCCCUCGCGUCCUGGAUCCCACACUGGUUCCAGCCGCACGCGUACGCGCUGAUCCUCCUCCGGCGCGACGGGUACCCCUGCGUGUUCUACGGUGACGUCUACGGGAUCUCUGGAGCGGCGCCCGUCGAACCGCUGGCCGCCCCCGCCAUCACCAACAUCAUGAAGGUGCGCGCCCACUUUGCUUACGGCGACCAGGACGAGUACCUUGACCACCCCAACACCAUCGGGUGGGUGCGCCGCGGCGACGAGAAGCACCCGCAGGGGUGUGCCGUCGUGCUGUGUGCCGGGGACGAGGGCCACAAGCACAUGUUUGUCGGCGAGGCCAAGGCCGGGGAGAGGUGGGUGGAUGUGGCCGGGGGACGCAGGGAGGUGCUGGUGAUUGGAGAGGACGGCUCGGCGGAUUUCCCGUGUAACGGCGGGGCCGUCAGUGCGUGGGUGAGGAUGGAGGAAGCCAGGGACGUGAUGGCGUGGAAGGAACAGGACGAGGCGUAAAUCACACGCCCCGCAGCUUGUCUUUUUGUUUGUUUUGCGUGAGUGAGCUCCUACCCCUCUGUUACGCGUAUCAGCAUAUCCCCACCUCUUGAUCAGCCUCUUGAUAUCUAUUCUACACACCCCCCCACACACAUGUCUCAUAGAAACCUGUACAGAACAUGGCACCAUUUCUCCCACGCAUCCGCCCCCCUUCCUCCCACCCAGAACGCAAAAAAAACAACCAAAUGAAUGCGGAAAAUACAAC